AUGAACGGGCACACUGGAAAGUCAACAAAAAGGAGGAAUACAUUUUCUGCAGCAAUUAGGAGGGGCGGGUAAAAACGGAUAGUUAAGCGCUGUAACUAACAAGAACCGUUGAACCGAUACCCUGGCAUAGUAAGUAGAGGUAACUCCACUGGCGCAAGCCCCACCUGACAAACUAGCAAAGUGAAAAGCGUGAACUCCGAGUGCAAAAGUGUGAACAAGAAAAACCAGAAGAGGAAGCAAAAAAGAAAGAAAAAAGAAAACCGCAGGAAUCGCGCAAGCCGGAAGCGAUAGCUAAGGAUAGGUAUUGGAUAGGAGGCGAACAUGAGUUUUCUGCCGGGGGAGCCGGUUCCGCCCGGUUUCGAGGAGGAGGACGUGACCCGCACGGCGGUCAUUCAGAAGCAGAUCGACAACUACACCGGCGGUCCGCUGAUCGGCACCGAGUACACCAUCGAGCUGCACGAGCCGGGCCACCUGCGUCCGGACUACUUCUGCGUGCUGUGCCAGACCUGCACCGAUGGCCGCAGUGCCUUCGUCCACUGGACAUCGCAGGCCCAUCGCAUCAAGUAUCUUAAAACGCAUUUCCAGAAGGCUCACGAAGUGCUGCAGCAGCUCAAGCGCACGCCCAACAGCGCCGGCGAUCUGGUGAUUGCCACCGGCAAUCUGGUCAAGGCGAUUGAGGAUCAUUUCGGCCGGUCCCGCAGCAUGUUGACCGCGUCUGGGGAGGAUUUUCGCCGCUUUCGCGCCAAAAUGUGCAGCCAGGUGCGGGACAGUUUCCAUUGCGAUGAGUGUGCUGGCCCAGACUUCGCCGAAGAAGCACAACGCCUGCUGCGCAACUUGAAAUCGGAUGAGUCUAUUAAGAUCAGCAUAAAGACUAAGGAUCUGGGGCCCGCCCCCGAUACUAGCAGCAAUAGCAAGCGCGAUGAUGGCAACAUAAUCUCCCUGGACGCCAUCUCCAGUGAUGAUGAGAACUUCGGGGCUCCAUCUGCCCCAGUCGUUCAAAUCCCAAAGGAGAUGCUGCGCAAGAAGAACCUGGCCGAAGAUGCCAGCGGGCGUGGCGCAAAUCGCUCGCCCCCGCCCCCUGGCGGUGUGGUCAAGCCACAGCAGCUGCCCACGCCCAAGGAGCUGGCCAUACAGGCCUCUAUCAUCGCCCAGGAGCGCUACAAGUGGCAGAAGUUCCGUUGCAUGCUGGAACUGCAGCUCAAGCAGCUGCGCGACGAAACGGAGACGUACGAAUCGAAUCCCGAGAAGCAUCCCGAUUAUCCGGAUGAGUGGAAACAGUUCUGGAAUCGGCGCUACAAGCAGCUGCAGGAGGAGAAGAAGUGCGAUCCGAAUCAGUACGACUACAAGCCGGAGUGGAUUAGCUACUGGAAGGAUCGCCGCAUCGAGCUGUUCAACAUUUCGGUGAAUAAAAUCAAAAAGGAUCUCAAGGAGAAGUUCAAGCUGGGCGACGAGGACGAGGAGAAGACCAAGGAGCUGAUGGAGCGCUACAAGAUCCGUGUGGCCAGUCCGCGGGAGGCGACAUCCGGGGCCAGCGCUGUCAAUCGCCACAAGCAGAACUUUCGCAAAAAUCGGGCGGCCGGUGGCGCGGCUGGAGCUCCUGAGGCUGUCAUUGAUAUCAGCGAUGAUGAAUGCUCCAGCCCGCCGAGUCGUGGUCGUGCUCCCUUUGGUCGACGUUCCCUAUCCCGCUCGCUGUCUCCGAAGCGUGGCGGAGUAGGAGGACGUCGUCCCCUUCGGCGCUCCCGCAGCCGUUCGCCCCGAUACAGCUAUCGGCGAGGAUCCUCGCGCUCACGAUCGCGUUCCCGCAGCCUGAGACGCAGAUCCCGCUCGCCGCUCUACUAUCGGCAGCGCGACCGUCAUGGUCAUCCCUCUAGGGAGCGAGCUCUGUCGCCCGGCCCCAGGGAUUACGCGGAUCGCCGCAGCUUGGAGCGGGAGCGCUCUGCCGAGUACUACUCCCGCACAGAUGGCUAUGCUCGAGGGCCACCGCGCAACUACGAUCAUGUGGAGACAUUCCGCGUACUGGACUCGCGGGUCUAUCCCGAAUACAACAUGCCCAAGGUGCGCUCGAUUUCGCCAGCCGUCUCGUCCAUCAAGGAUAAGGAGCCCUCGGAGCCGGUCGAGGAGGGCCCUCUGACCGUGGUCAGUGUGCUGCGCAUGCUCUCCGCAGUCGAGGAGCACCUGGGCAGCCUGGGGCCCAAGGCCCUCAAUCUGCUCAGCAAGGCGCUGGCCAUGGAGAUGGCCAAGCCGAAUGCCGCCGACGAUCUGCUGUUGAACGACGACAACUGUGUGUUCCUCGAGACCACCAAGGAGAAGCUGAAGGGCAUCCUCAUCGCCGAGGUGCUGGACGAUCCGCAAAAGGUGCGCGUGGUCAAGAAACUGAUCACCAACAUAGCGGCCAUCAUCUUCCAGGCGAACGCCCGAGAGAUUAGAGGAGCAGGAGGUAUAACCGAUGUCGCCGAGGCCAAGGUCAAGGCGAACGCCAACCCGGCGCCCAUUCAGCUGCCCUUCGACCGGAACGUGGUGGCCCCCAAGCUGGCCAAUGCCCUGGUGCUCAAGGGCUACUACGACGUGAGCACCGGCGACAUGAACAACCUGCUGCACUUGCUCGCGCUGCUGGUGAAGACGGACAAACAGCGCCGCCAGGCGGACAAGAACCAUGGCCUGACAUUCGAGGAGAUUCAGGCUAAGCUCGGCCUGCAAAAGGAGACGCCGGCCGAUAAUAUGGGCAUCGAUCUGGACGAGCUGAUGAAGGAGGUUGAGAACCAGCUGAACAAGGAGUCCUUGGACGUGGUUGCCGCCGUUCCGGCAGCAGUGACCAAGGCUCAACCGGACGCCGCCGGCGCCGGUGGCGGCAGCAACGGCAUGGAGUCGCUGACCGACUCCGAUCUACAGACCCUGCUGCAGAACUUUAAGUUCUUGUCGAACGAGGAGCAGGUGCACCUCAUUGGCCACCUGCGAAAGCUGGAGGUCCAGGAGCCGUCGCGCGUUGAGCGACUGCGCAAGUAUGUGAAUCUGGCGGAGCUAAGUGGUGAUGGCGAGUCCUGCAGUGAUUUCCUGUCGCGCGUGGUGAACAUUGGUGGGGCAACGAAGGCGCCGGUGGAGAAAGCAAAGUCCACGACUUUGCUAACGGGGAGCUUGGCCCCCUCUUCAUCCUCCUCCGUCGCCGCUAUCGCCUCAUCAUCAUCCUCCGCCUCCAAGAUGGUAUCUCUCUUCUCGCUGACCACGCGACGUCCCAGCACGGAUCGUGAGCGGGAUCGCGACAUGUCCAACCUGCCCAUCAACAAGCAGCGACGCGGCCGGAACACGCCCAGUUUCAUGAUCGAUGACGAUGACGACGAAGACGACUAUAACUUUGACGACUUGGUAAUGAAGGCCUGCGAUUCCAAUGGCAACGGUGGUGGCGGACAGGGCGGAGGUGGCGGCGGAUCCAAAAAGCCAGGAGGGGCGCCCAUCAUACCCGUGGAGUCAUCACCGAAUGCCCUUACUUUCAAGCCAGCAGCUGCCUCGAAGAUCUCGCUGAAGGACACCGAAAGCAUCAUAGCAAACCUGAUGGGCACAUUGAGCAAAGGCGGGAGUUCUGGAGGAUCGAGUGGCGGCCCCUCGGCGGGUAGUCGCAACUUAAUGUUGAACCAGCAGCAGCAGCAGAAGAAUACACCGCCUAAGGCGCCGAGUAUGAGUCAGAAGUCAGGCCAGAACCAUGGCCAGCAGCAGUCGCCGGGAGUUAGUUAUUCGGGCUAUCCUGGACAGCAGCAGCAGAGUCGGAACUUUAACCAGGAACCGCAGACUCUGAUGGGCAGCAUGAGCGGCGGACCCGAUUCCAGCCAGUAUCCAAAUCAGCAGCCCUACGGCGGCGGCGGGGGAGGCUACCAUCCGUAUGCGGGCAAUGGUGUGCAGCAGAACUAUGCGGGCAUGGGCCACGGACCUGGCCACGGCGGCUACGGUGGCCAUGCGCCCGGGCCAAUUAACCCUUGGGUCAACAAUGGACCGCCGCAGCCGCCACCCUUUAACCAGAUGCCCCAGAACUUUUUGGGCGGCCAGCAACAGCAGGCGCCGCACUAUAACAACAUGUUCGGGGGUCGUCAUUAGAGCCACUAAGUCGUAGGUCAAGAUUCUAGAACUAUAUUUUAAAUCACAACGAUUUAAACAUAACUAUAAACGAGAAAAAUCCCUUGAAGUGCCCGUGUACGCGCGUGUAUGCUAGUUGGCAAGUGAUUUAAAACCUUUUUUUUAAGUUCGGCACGAAUGCAGCUUUUUUUUGCUUUGAAUGAUACUGAUCGGAGAGAACACGAAAAUUAUAUAUGAACAGCAAAAGAAUAAAGAAACACAAAUGUUAUCACUUUCA